CUAGCAUGUGACAAGCUUUUGUCACACUUCAAAAUGGUAGAAAUGCUGAAAGAAGUACAGUUUGCAGUCUGUAUAGUUUUAUGCUUUGGUGUAUCCUUCAGCACCAAAGCCACAGCACCGAAUUGGAAUGCAUUAACUUACACUGUAGAGGGAACGCUACAACUGCCAUAUGCUGAGAUCAAUGAACCAUUUUCAGCUUAUUAUGAUGCCAAAAAUAACAAAAGCAGAAUAGAUUAUUAUGGCGGUAUGGUUAUUACUAUACAGAGAUCAGAUAUGACAAAGUUUGGUGUAAGUUACAAACUGGCUCCCAUGUCAACAGAGAAACAAUUGAAUAUGGAUAUGUGUUUCCAAGUCAACGGAACAAACAACGAUGAUGCUGUUACGAUCCAGUCCAUUCUACCAGAUCUCACAGGAUUUAAUAUGAUUGGUGUGGAGAUGAAGAGUGGUAAUAAUUGUACAAAGUGGCAGAAAGUUGAUGUCCAGGGAAAAAAGAAAAAUGUUUACACAAUGUGGGUAGGACCAGAUGGUAAAAUGCCAGUUCGUUAUGAGAUGUUUGGAUAUGACUCACUGCUUGGCUCACAUUAUGACAAAUAUUAUCUGGAUUAUAUCAAUUUUGGAACAAAUGACAUAUCAUCCUCAAAAUUUGAUCCACCAGCAAACAUGACAUGUGGAGGAUUCCCUGGUCCAGGAAUAAAAGAACAUAGAAUCAUGAUGAACCCAAUGAGAGAAUAUAUAAACAAUGACCAAACACAUAUUGACCAAAUGUUUGGCUUCUAUAAAAAUCAACACAGUAAACAAUACCCCUCAGUAGAGGAGCAUGAGCAGAGAAAACAUAUAUUUAGACAUAAUGUUAGAUUUAUCCACUCUAAGAACAGAGCUGGUUUAACAUACAGACUUGCUGUCAAUCACCUUGCAGAUAAAUCAUCAGAAGAACUGAAAUUAAUGAGAGGAUUUAGAUAUACACCUGGUAACCAUGGCGGUCUACCAUUUGAAAAAUCCAAAUAUAACUUAAAAGAUGUUCCAGCCAAUCUUGAUUGGAGAUUAUAUGGUGCUGUAAAUCCUGUCAAAGACCAGGCAGUGUGUGGAUCCUGUUGGAGUUUUGGAACAACAGGGACAAUAGAGGGAGCUUAUUUUCUUAAGACAGGAAAUCUGGUGAGAUUAUCACAGCAAGAAUUGAUGGAUUGUUCCUGGGGAGAAGGUAACAAUGCCUGUGAUGGAGGGGAAGAUUUCAGAGCUUACCAGUAUAUCAUGAAAAAUGGUGGUUUAACAACAGAGGAACAAUAUGGUGGUUAUUUAGCUCAGGAUGGUCAAUGUAGAAAAGACAAAGUGACUCCUGUUGCUAAAUUGAAGAACUAUGUAAACAUUACAAAUAAUGAUGAACAAGCAUUGACAUUUGCUAUUGCCCACAUGGGACCAGUUUCUGUGGCUAUUGAUGCUUCCCAUUUGUCAUUGUCAUUCUAUGCUAAUGGUGUAUAUUAUGAACCCAAAUGUGGAAAUAAACCUGAUGAUUUGGAUCAUUCCGUUCUAGCUGUAGGAUAUGGGACAAUGAAUGGACAAGCUUAUUGGUUAAUUAAGAAUUCUUGGUCAACAUACUGGGGAAUGGAUGGUUAUGUACUAAUGUCUCAAAAAGACAAUAAUUGUGGAGUAGCUACUGAUGCUACAUAUGUUAUCAUUGAAUAAAUAUUCAUUUAAAUAAUAUAUAUUAAAUAGAAUCUGUGUUUCUGAUGAAAAUGUAAUGAAUCAAAUUAAAUUUACAAAGUGAAACUGUAAUUUCAUGUUCUAGAAUUUAUACAACAGUGUAAAGGGUUUCUUUUCUGAGGUAUCUUUUUUAGAAAAGGGAUUACAAGGAUAAUUUCAUUGUUUACCAGAAACACAGAUCAAAUGAGAACUUCACUUCAAAUCAAAGUUAAACUGUGAUAAAUAAUACUCUUAUAGUGCUGAUUUUUAUAUUGAAAUAGAAAUUUCUUGUAAAGUUAUUGGUUAUUUUUACAGAUAAUAAAACUAAUAGUUAGGUUUAGGGUUUGGAUUAGGGUUAGGAAUAGUUUUAUUAUCUGUAAAAAUAACCAAUAACUUUACAAGAAAUUUCUAUUUUAAUAUACGGCCUUGGGAGAACACUGAACUAUUAAAUGACUUAAUCAACAGUCUUCAAUUACAUUGUAAUUUCCAUUUUGUUUCUUUAUGGUUUUUUUUCCUUUAAAAAUAAAGAGAGAAGUGUUUAAAUGCCAUAUUUUGCUUAAAGAUGAAGCAUACCAUAAUUUACAGAUAAAAAGAUAAGACUUAAGAUAUUUUAUGAAUACAAGUGAAAAAACAUAUAUGAUAGAAAAGUAAAGGAAAAUGUGGCAUAUUACUGUCAUAGGAAGCAACUAUUUUUUUUAGGGGAGUUGCAUCAUUUUUACCUUGUUAGCACCAUUUUUGCCAUUAGAAAAUUGUAAUGGAAUGGUCACAUAAAACUAUAUUUAUAUCAGGCAUCUAAAUUUAGAUGCCUGAUAUAAAUAUAGUUUUAUGUGACCAUUCAAUGAGCAUUGAAUUGCAUGUGUACAGCAGGGUACAAUUAUUUUUUUGUGAUUUUGUAUUUUUUUGAAGUGUUAUUGUAACAAUUGUUUAAAAUAUUCCAUAUACUUAUCACCUCAGCAAUCAAUAUCUAUAAUCUUAAGUACAUCAUUUUAAACAAAUCAAAAUGAAUAAAUAUAUAUUUGCAUAUCUACAGAUUUUAUAUAUUGAACAUUACAUAAAAUGCACCACCACUGUAGAUUCGUAGUAGAACUUAUUUCUUUUAUUAGACCAAAAAUUUAAAAAAAUCUUUUAAAAAUGUGUAAAUACAAUGUUUUAUUCAUCUAGAUGAUUUUUUUUUUGUUCAUAUUGAUCGGGUAAAAAUAGAUCAGCAGUGUAUUAAUUUCUUUUGGUUUUUGGUGCAAUAUAAAACAAAAUGUUUUAUAUAAAAAUAAGGAGAUGUGGUAUGAUUGCCAAUGAGACAACUAUCCACCAAAGUUCAAAUGAAGUGGAUGUAAGCAUUUAAAAAAUUAGAAAAAUAUAUAUCAUACACGUUAAUGAUGUCAUUAAAAAUUACUUUUUCAUUUUUUUUCAAAAUAAAUGAAUAAAUCUUUCCAUAUAUUGUGUUGCAUCUUUA